UUCGUUUGCGUUUCAUUCUCUCGCUCGUUUCCUUACUUCAUAUGAAGAAGAUCACUCGAAUCGUACACAAAAAAACUGGUUUAUCUCCUCUACUCAGUCUAAGUCAAUCCCACAGCGUGAUAAGAUGUCAACUUUCGUCAAGGCGGUGCUUCUUGUUGUGAUCGGCUUCCAGGCAUGGAUCGCCCUCGCACAGGAUCCCAACGGAUGUCCGAACAUUGUCAAACGUGCCGGAUGGAGUGCCUCCAAAUCGUCCAACGUUACCUACCAGAUCAAACCGGUCCAGCAUGUGGUGAUCCACCAUACGGCAACGCAAAGCUGCAACGAAAUGCCCGUCUGCAAGGAGAUCGUCAAAUCGAUUCAGGAUCAGCACCAGAAGCAGAACAAGUGGAGCGACAUUGGUUACAACUUUUUGGUGGCCAAUGGCGGAAACGUGUACGAAGGAAUUGGCUGGCAUCGAGUUGGAGCUCAUACUAAGGGGUACAACAGUAAGUCGAUUGGCAUCGCGUUCAUUGGAGACUUCACGAAGGAGCUUCCAUCGGCGAAAGCGUUGCGAGUCGCGGCCAAACUUCUGCAGUGCGGAGUUAACAUGGGAGAGCUGGAUGAAAAUUAUCUGCUGUACGGAGCUAAGCAGAUUUCGGCGACGGCCAGCCCGGGUAAGGCGCUGUUCAAUGAGAUUAAGGAGUGGGAUCAUUACGAUCCAUCUCCAGUGCUGUAGGAUUUAAUGAAUAAAAAGUAAAAUUUCAUCCAA